AUGGGGCUUCGCCCGUGCUACGACCAUCACUGUCGCGAUCCCUCCGAAGCGAUGGGCACCAGCUUAUACAGGGGCAACUUCACCGGCGGGCAGGAUAGCACCGCGCUCGGGACGGAGUCGGAGCCUCCGCAACAGAGUUUCACGGUCACCCUCCGUCCGACAUUCACACCGGCACUGCUAUCUUCAGUGCUUUCCUGUACAGUGCGGUUAGAGAUGGGAUACAGUGUUGAUGGCCUACGGGUUGACUGCAGGCGGACACAUGGCCGAUGUUUGAGAUUCACAGCUGAACUCACACGGCUGAGCGCAGAGACUAGGGACUGGGACAACUGGACUCGCGACGUCCCCGCAUCACGCUCGCUUCAGCUACUAUGCUAUGCAGGCCUCCAUGUUACUAGCAGCAGCAGUCCGCUCUUCAAGGUUCAGAGCUCUCAGCGGUUGAAGUUCGACGUCCUUCGACAUUCACUCAAGGCAACUUCAGAUAAGAUGGGUUUGCACUCGGCUCAGAUGCACUUAAGGCUCCAAGUUCCUACCGUACAAACAGCGAUCAAGAGUGGGAACAUCGACAUUUUGUCUCCGCUCGUCAUCUCACUUGCAGAGACGACCUCGACAUCCUCUACGUUGUCUGUUGCAGUGGGCGUAGGGAGCACGAUGGAUAAGCUGAUAGGAUAUCUGGGCGGACAGCUGACGUCCUUCGUCAGCCGCAUCGCAGAGCGCCAUCUGAAGAAAGCGCGCCCUGUACGCAAGAUUUCUGUCCAAACCGCAAGCUGGGAAGGAAAUGGAGCGGACGGACUGCGCAUAAAUCACCUCCUUCCGUGGGCGAGUGAGUGCCGAGACGAGUAUGCUACGCGCCUGUCGCAAAGUAAAGAGUUCAACUUGGGGUGUGACAAAUUAGUGAAAGGGCUACGACUACCAAAUACCUCUGUCCGACUUUUGACAGCAUAUUACAUAUGUGCUCUGGCCUCAUUCCACCAUUCUAUUCGACAGAUAUUUGUGGAAGUUGGUGCAGCGGAAGCCCUUCAUGAACUCGUCCACGAGUCAAGGGUCUCCGGUAAUCAGGACGUGGUCCUACCGCUACGUCGCUCCUUGAUUAGCGUUACCGAAAGUGCCAUUCUCCCAGUGAUCAAAGGAUUUGACGCUCUAGAGGAUAAGUUCCAGGAGUAUUAUCACCAGCACCUGUCUAUAAAGGAUAUAACGGCUUUACUUCCGUAUAGUGCCAGUUCCCUGAGAUAUCUGAUGAGAGGACUGCUAGAACCCCAGCUCCAGGUCGUCACGGCUACGAGGCUAUCCUCCUCACUCGUGUGGCACGACCUGUCCCUGACCUCCGUUCUCCCGGCCCUGAGAUCUAGCCUGGAUGAGAACAUUGUGCGGAGCCUCUGGCACAUUCUAUCGGCUACUUCUGACCCAGUCGUGUCUGGGACGGUUGGACGGUUGAUCUAUAAUCUCUAUGACUUUGCCACGAAGUCCUGCUUCAAUCAGUGGGAUCUAUCGAGGCAGUGCUACGUUCCCUCAGCAGAGUGGGCAUGGCGCACUCUCUGGAUGCCCCUUUUCUACCUCAGAUUAUGUUUUCCCAACGUCAUCCAGCGACUUUCGCCGAAAUAUCUGAGCGAUACCUGCGACCUUUUCUUCAAGUGGCACGUGGUAGCGCUGUCCAUGAGCGUACAGGCUCGGGGCAGUAUCGAUUCCCUUCGCCCAUGUGUAGAGACCUGUCGCCCGUUCAGGCCUUCUAACAUCCUCCCUGAGAAAGAUGAUCCGGUACUAUUCCUAAUGCUCCACACCACGAAUCCUUUGUUUGCGUUGGCUGGAGUUCUCCAUGGAGAGCGAUUAAUUAGUUUUGAAUAUGGCGGAUACGACAUUCCUCGGUUUGUACCCUUACCUCGCGUGGCCCAGUUAUGCCUCGAGGCUGCAGCGCUUCUCAUGAGCGAGCAAACGCCUGAUGAUAUCGCAACCUCUCCAUCUAUGCUUCAUAUGGUUGCUCCGCAAUAUGACACGGCCGGCCGUCAGAUAUUGUUAGAAAAGUUGGAACAGUACGGGAAGCAGGGCAGCCUGCUCCAACGUAACAGGAUAGACGCUAUUCUGAAAUGCCUGGACCAUGAGGACCCUGAAAGCGUCUUGCAUUGCAUUGGGAUAGUCGCCGAUCACUAUCGAGGCCCAUGGACAGCGGAGAGGCAUUACGACAGAUGUCAGCCAUAUAUGCACCUCCUCGCUCAGGAUCCCUACCAUGAUCUGCGCUGGGUAGCGGUUUCGGAUCUAUCAGGCUGUGCCGCGUACCGUCCUGUGGUCGUCCCUUCCCACAACGGAGUGCGGCACAUAGCGCGACAGCGCAACCGACCGAUUGAAGGUGGUCGGCUCGUCAUGUUGACCGCCCAGGAAAUGAUCGCCAGCACCAUCGAGGACCUCCACGUACUGUGCGGCAGCACACCGGAUUGCCCAGUAUUCUGGAUGACACGUGACUGGUACGGAGAGGCCCAAUCAUGUGGUGGUAUCUUCAGCAUUCCGGGGUUUUUGCUUAUGUGA